GGAGGAGGAGAGGCAGCGGGAAACCCAGCCCACCCUUUGGCUUCCUCCUGCCUCCUUCUAAAACCUGCAGAUUCCUCCAGCCUGUCCAAGCGCCUGAAGUUUCCUCAGCCGUGCUGCCCGGACUGCGAGGGUCUUCUGAAAGAUGAGGGCCUGGAUUUUUUUCCUUAUUUGCCUGGCAGGCAAAGCCCUGUCAGCUCCGCAGGAGGCUCUGCCCGAUGAGACAGAGGUCAUUGAAGAUCCCACCACAGAGGAGCCUGUGGGGGCUAAUCCCGUCCAGGUGGAGGUGGGAGAGUUCGAGGAACCCACAGAGGAUGUAGAGGAGAUUGUUGCAGAGAACCCCUGCCAGAACCACCACUGCAAGCACGGCAAGGUGUGUGAGGUGGAUGACAACAACCAGCCCAUGUGUGUGUGCCAGGACCCCUCCAGCUGCCCAGCCACCGCUGGUGUCUUCGAGAAGGUCUGCGGCACCGACAACAAGACCUACGACUCCUCCUGCCAUUUCUUUGCCACCAAGUGCACCUUGGAGGGAACCAAGAAGGGUCACAAGCUGCACCUGGACUACAUUGGGCCUUGCAAAUUCAUCCCUGCCUGCCUGGACACAGAGCUGACUGAGUUCCCCCUGCGCAUGCGGGACUGGCUCAAGAACGUGCUGAUCACCCUGUACGAGCGUGAUGAGGACAACAACCUGCUGACCGAGAAGCAGAAGCUCAAGGUGAAGAAGAUCCAUGAGAAUGAGAAGCGUCUGGAAGCUGGUGACCACACCGUGGAGCUGCUGGCCCGUGACUUUGAGAAGAACUACAACAUGUACAUCUUCCCCGUGCACUGGCAGUUUGGGCAGCUGGACCAGCACCCCAUCGAUGGGUACCUGUCCCACACCGAGCUGGCCCCGCUCCGUGCCCCCCUCAUCCCCAUGGAGCACUGCACCACCCGCUUCUUCGAGGCUUGCGACCUGGACAACGACAAGUACAUCGCCCUGGAGGAGUGGGCCAGCUGCUUCGGCAUUAAGGAGCAGGACAUAGACAAGGAUCUUGUGAUCUAAACGCCCCAGCUUCCUGCUCUGCUGCCAACUUUGUCUUGUUUUAACCUUCCCACUUCCUUUGGUUUUUAAAUUGCUUUUGUUUUCUUUUUCCCUGGGAACAAGGUGCUAAUAUAGAUCUAAACAUAUGUAGUAAUGGUGCUAAGAGAAAUAACAGUCCUCAUUCAUAGCCUUAUCUAUCACCACUAGAUUACUCACUCAGCUGUUUCCACACACUCUUACCAGCCUUUUCUCUCUCCGACGUGCCUGUACCAUUGACCGACUGUUCCUGUCCCAAAUAUCCUGUCUCGGUAUCCACUCUCGGAUCGACUUCUCUUUAACUUCUCACUAACAGCACGUUCCUGGACACGUCAGCGCAGAUGCAAAGCCCUCUCAGCUGAUGCACCGCCCCAGUUACAGAUGCCUGUGAGGGAAGGCAGAGCCAGACGAUGUAGGAGGAUUGGGUUCUCAAGCAGAGCAGCUGCAGGUGACACUGUGGCCACCCAGCUCAUGGUAGGGAGGAUGGAGAAGGGUGAGAAGGAUAAAGAGCGGCAGGAUUUUGUUUUCCUUUUUUUUCUUCUGACAUUCCCAGGGCUUGAAUUUAGUAAUUAUUGGGCACCAAAAAAAAAAAAAAAGGCUAAUCAAAUUAGCAAAUAGGGAGGCGCACAAAAUUUAAAACAAGAUGAUAAAAUGCAUCCCAUCUUGUAAAAUCCCCUCGAAAAAUAAAGGUUUGAAAGUGCUACAUGCUUUACCAUCACUCAAUGACCACACUGCUGUCGUGUUUUCUGUGCGAGAUGGGGUGUGACUGCCUGUUCCCCCAGGUUGCCCAUGUCUGACCUUGAUGUGAUUCUGCUGUAGCUGAAAUAAAGCUCUUGGCUCUCCCCAAAUCACAGUGCCCUCAAGCACUUCCCACCUCUCUGCCUUGGUUGUGCUUAAAUUCCAGCCCUGCUCUCCCAGGGAAGCUGUGUCAGUCUUGGAAGGGAUGUUUCUGCCCAGAAAGAGGCGUGUUUGCCACACGCUCAAGGGAAAGGCUGUAAUAUUUUUUUCCUGUUGUGGAUUUAAGGGAUGAGUGAGAUAGAAGGGAGAAGGUAUUUGGAUUUUGCUUAAUAGAAAGGGUCCUGACAGGACCAAAGGGAUGGUUAAAUCUCAAAGGCUGAGAACUCUUUUUUUUUACCUCUGAAUGUUCCCUGUGCCUUAUAUUAUUAAAUUCCUGCCACAGUGUGAGCAACCUGAUGAGUCUCCAUAAUAAAAAAUACUGAUUUAAAACACUGACAAGUAAA